AUGUCUGACCCUUUGGACUAUACCAUUAGCUGGAUUUAUGCUAUACCAACGGAGUAUGUUGCCGCGCAAACGUUUCUCGACGAUAAGUACGGACAACCUCAAUACGUGGCUCCUUAUGAUGGUAAUGACUACACACUCGGUAGGGUUGGAAGCCACAAUUUUGUCAUCGCUGUCUUACCUAAUGGGGAGUACGGCAUAUCCUCUACUGCAAGCGUCGCAAGAGAUAUGCUUCAUAGCUUUCUUAACGUUAGAACCGGCCUAAUGGUCGGCGUUGGUGGCGGCGCGCCAAGCCGCAAGCAUGAUAUCCGCCUAGGCGAUAUAGUGGUCAGCUCUCCUCGCGGUGGGAAGGGCGGGGUAUUCUAG